GUUCCUGUGUUGUUCCUGUCACGGCUCAGAUGACUAGCUCUCAGUAAUCAUGGAGAAUCGUGUGUUUGAGUCGCCAGAAGAACGAACAUUUCAGUAUCAGGAUUCCCUUCCGCCACUCCCAGUGCCGUCACUUGCAGAGUCUUUGUCUAAAUACUGUGAUGCUGUACAACCAUUUUUAAACCAAGAGGAAUAUGAGCGAACCUGCCAGAUAGUAAAGGCAUUUGAGAAUGGAAUUGGCAAAGAAUUGCACCAAAAACUGCUGCAAAGGGCAAGAUUUAAAAAGAACUGGCUGGAAGAGUGGUGGCUGAAUGCUGCUUAUCUAGAUGUUCGCAUGCCGUCUCAACUAAAUGUUAACUUUGGGGGUCCCGCGCCUUACUUAGAGCAUUACUGGCCUGCGGAAAAGGGCACACAACUACAGAGAGCAAGCAUUGCUGUAUGGUAUACACUGAAAUACUGGGAGCUUAUAAGGAGGGAAAAAUUAGGUGUACAUAAAGCUGUAAACUAUCCUCUGGAUAUGUCUCAGUUUCGGAAUCUAUUCAACACUUGCAAGAUCCCAGGAAGAACUAGAGAUAUUAUAAGUAGUCGGUUUAAGACAGAGAGUGAAGGCAGUUGCCCAACGCACCUUGCUGUCAUGGCCAGAGGAAGGAUAUUUACCUUUGAUGUUGUUCCUGAAGGACAGAUCCUGACUCCACCGGAGUUGUUAAGGCAGCUUCAGUACAUUCAAGAUAUAUGUCAGACUGAACCUGCAGGCAUUGGCCUGUCAGCUCUCACUACUGAGGAGAGGACCCGCUGGGCGCAGAUUAGGGAGCACCUUAUUAGCCUUGAUCCAAUGAACUCAACCCACCUAGAAGAUAUCCAGAGCAGCCUGUUUAUUCUGUCUCUUGACAGUGCAAGUCCAUACGGAACACCUGAAGACUACAGCCAGAUCGCAAUGAUGGCUCUUGCUGGGGACCCGACUGUUCGCUGGGGUGACAAAUCCUAUAAUCUUAUUGCAUGGAGCAAUGGGGUAUUUGGCUCCAACUGUGAUCAUGCCCCAUAUGAUGCCAUGGUAUUGGUAGCAAUGUGUGAUUACAUUGACCAGAACGUGAAAGCAUGUGAAGGCCGUUGGAAGGGCUCAGCAGCAGUGCGGGAGCUUCCUAAUCCUAAAGAGCUUGUCUUUACUGUGGACCAGAAAAUCCUAAAGGACAUAGCUAUUGCCAAAGAGCAGUAUUACAAACAGGCUUCUGAUUUACAAAUAGUGAAUUAUGCAUUCACCUCUUUUGGAAAGCAGCUUGUGAAGAAAAAGAAGCUUCAUCCAGACACCUUUGUGCAGCUUGCGCUCCAGCUAGCGUAUUAUAAGAUUCAUGGGUGUCCUGGUUGCUGCUAUGAAACAGCCACCACCCGGAUGUUUUACCAUGGCCGCACAGAGACUAUGAGACCAUGCACAGUAGAAGCUGCAGCUUGGUGCCGUUCCAUGCUUGAUCCCCUAUCCACAGGUUUGACCGACACCUUUUAGGUCUUCUGCUUCUUGCAAAAGAACAGGAACUUCCGGUGCCAGAACUCUUUACAGACCCAGCUUUCACAAAAAGUGGCGGAGGGGGAAAUUUUGUGUUGUCCACCAGUCUUGUUGGCUACACUAAUGUCCACGGAGCUGUGGUACCCAUGAUACACAGUGGAUAUGGAUUCUUCUACCGAAUACGUGAUGACCGGUACGUUGUGGCCUGUACGUCCUGGAAAUCCUGCCCUGAGACUGAUGCAGAGAGACUGUGCCGUACUGUGUUUCAGACCUUCCAUGAGAUGAUACAGCUAAUGGUCCAUGCUCAACUCUAAGAGAUGAUCCCUAGCAGCCACAUCCAAGUGUGGAGUAAUUAAAAAAAAUAUGCUAUUGAGUUGUGUAGGAUUAUUUGUGGAAUACAACAAAAUGAUUGGUAGAUGGUUAUACCCAGCCUUAUUGGUGCAGGUUUAAUAAGGUAAACACAGUUACACUAAGCCAUAAUAUCCAAGCUGCAUGAAUACAAUGCACAAAAUGCAAGAGCACCAGAGUUACCUAGCACAAUACCAGUAAUAUGGUAUAAAGCCACUGCUGAUGAACUGAUCUAAAAUAGCCAGAUAUGCUCAUAGCAAGUCUGAAUGAGUGUUCUCUGUGCUUCCCAGACUCCAAAUGUAUUCCUGGGGUGUAAAGUAUACCUUUGGUUAGUGAGUGCAUGGCCUUUCCAUGCUUCUAAUAGCCAGCACAGGCUUUAUCUUUGUAUUUAAGCACAGGUAUGGGCCCUGUUAAAUUUAAUUCUUGGGACCUGGGGUUUUCUGGAUAAGGGGUCUCUCCAUAAUUUGGAUCACCAUACUGUUUACUAACAAAUCAUUCAAACAUUAAAUAAACCCAAUAGGAUUGUCUUGUCUCCAAAAUGAUUAAUUACAUCUUAGUUGGGAUCAGGUACAAGCUUCUCUUUUAUUAUUACAGAGGAGAGGGCCCUUUUGUAAUUUGGAGGUUUCUGGAUAAGGAAUUUCUGGAUAAUUGAUCCCAUGCCUGUACUACAAACCCAUAAAGACUUGCAUGAUCAAUAAGCUGGGUACAUCCGUCAUUCCUCAUUUGUCAUUUUGUGAUUUCACUAAUUAUCACACAUCUUUGUGCCACACUUUGUGGCUGUAAUUGAUGCAGCACCAAUGCAAACCACAUAUAGCUUUCCGUGCAUAAACAAUGCAGUAUACCUAAUGCAAAUCCAAUGCAAGUCCUUUUACAAAAUGUAUAUUCCAUGUGUGCUACUUAAUGUAAACUGAUCUUCUGCUUUUAAGUGGAAUCCCCACAAUUUCAUACACGGCCAAUUGUGCCAUGAUGUGAGGUUGUUCCAGGCUGAGCUGGAAGUUUAAUAAUUAGGAAACAUUUAACCAGCACGUGCACCCAAAUAACCUUCCCCUUGAUUUUAUUAGUGUAUUGUGGGAGUUGGGGAGCUUGGAACCUUCUUUGAUGGGGUUGACAUGAGAAAAGGAGAUCUUUAAGGCAAUAUAAGCUAAUUGUUUUUGGCAUCUUUGCACUAAUUGUGGGUAAUUCAUUGUAGUUCUUAGAAAGAAGCAUGAUUCUGCAAGAUCUAAUGAUAUUCUAUGGAGAUUGUUAGACAAGUAAAUCUGGAUUGGACUCUUUGUCCUUCGAACAGUACCUUUGCCAGCGAUAGGUUCUGCUAAUCAGAUGUAGAACUCUGGUAAGAAUUGAUUGAGAGUUACGGUACUGACAUAAAUGAAGGCAGAUUUGUGUUUUUGUGGGAGUUCAGUCGGGAGAAAGAGAUGUGACAGUUUGCAGAGAUGGUUGUCUGAUGGAAUCACAGCCGCCUUCAGUGGAAGUCUCUAUAUGGAAUUUCUAAGGGUUCCUGCAAGCACACAGAUCUAAUGUGGAGAGUUUUUAUUUGUACACAUUGCUUGUAUUUUCAUUUAAUACAAACUACAUUUCAAUACAGUGAGUAUUGCAGCAAUAAUCAUCAUAUUGUUAUAUUAUAAUAAUCAUUUAUUCAACUGUAGAAUCUCCAUACAGUUUUAGGGCCUCAGCAUCGGGGCACAGGGUGGCUGGGAUUCCUCGGUACCCCACGGAAUACUUCCUCUGGUUUGGAUGGCAUAGAUAUCAGAAUGUUGUGAUUUGGUGCAACUACAUGGCCACAGGGAACUUGCUCUGUACAUGUUCUGCUUUACCGCUAUGGGCACUGCUAGAAAGUACUGCAUGGAGAGCUGCAUGGUACGAUACCGUUACAUACCAACGCUCAUGGGCAAUGUCAGCCUAAGACCAGUGCUCUACUCAUUGUACCAUUGAGGUAUUAGUCUUCCACAUUAGGAUCCCUUGUGGGAAAAUCAGGGGAUUUGGUGCCUUUUUUUCUCUUGAAGCGUGAUGCUCAGGGAUUGUGUGCCAGGUAGGGGUGCUAGAAGCCUGUCUGGCACUGAUACUACAUGACACGGCUGUCUCACAGCUGCACUCCAUAAUAAGGGCUAUCUCUUUAAUUGCAUUUGUUUCUCUCUCUUCCAUUUCCACAACUAAAGGGCUGUAAGUCUGGGAGGGAAUGUUUUUAGCUUUAUAUGGAAUUUUUAAUUUGAGCCGAAGUGCUGGUUACACAAGGGCAAGAACAUUCCUUCUGCUCAGUAGCCCAGUUUCCCUGUGGUUGUGCUGUGUAAUGUAACAUCAUUAAUAGGCUAUGCCUGAUCAUGAAAUGUAAAUACUGAACUCACAAAAGCAGCUCUUUUUACUCUGCUCUGCCAUCACUUCACUUUUACUCUAUAAUGAGUAAGGGAGAGAUUCCUUGUGAGAUUUCCGACAUAAAGUACUCUUUUGUUGGGGGGUGGGAUUGUGGGAGUUGUAAUUCAGCAGGAGGGCUACACGUUGGCUGAGCUAUUGCUCUGAGCCCCCCGGUUGGGAUCUUUAUUAUUUAAAGCAUUGUGUAUCUGGUGCCAUCGCCCAUCAAACCUUCUGGAGAAGCUCUCAGCCCUAGAAUGGAAACAUUGCUCUCCAAACAUGUUCUCUUGUAGCUGAUGUACUUUUUAUCCUGUAAAAAGAUCAUUGAUACUCUGAUGCCAGGAUUCACAUGGCAAAAAGACAAGGAGGACUGCUAUUUUGGGCAUGAAAAUGUCUCGGCCCUGAAAGCCAGCUUGGUUGGUUUCUGACUAGACAAUGUUCCUUCUGGAAUGUAAUAGGGAAAAGUCUGAAUGUACUGGGGAAAAUCUUUCCUCUUUUGCUUCAUAAAUAGACUUUAUAUUUGGCUGCAACACCUAUAUCUAAUACUAGUACUAAGGGGCCCUGAUAGUGCAGUAUUUUGGCAGGGUCCCUAAGAGGAUCCUGGUAGGCACGUCUUUCUUCCAUUUUAAAUGCCACAAAAGAUUAGCAAAGGGCCUGCCUGCCCCAGAAGUCUCUCUGGCUUGCACGUUACUUUGUAGUGUAGCAUAUUUAAAGGGAAACUUAACUACCUUGCUACACUGGUGAUGCUAAAACUAUGAGAAAUAUGGCUCCACUCAUAUAAUAAGGACAUUUACAAAAAAUGUGUGCUAUUAUUCUUAUUAUAAUUAUAUUGAAAGAGUCAAAUCUAUUUUGAGCAAAUUCCAUGCAACGUACUUUAUUAUUGUCCCGUUAAUUCAUCAUUUUUAUUUUAUGAAAUGCAUUGUCUGUGAUUAGUGCUGCUCUUUCCAUGAUCACUAACAGCCCAUAUAAACAUGAUCUUUUAUCCUCAUGGCUGUGAAUAUGUUGAGCUCUCUCUAUGCUUUCAAUUGUGUUUAAACAGAGGAUCUGAUUUAUGAACCAUAGAUGUUCAAUUGCUCCAGUGCAGUUUUGAAGUCUAUAUGAAAAAUGAAGUAAACAACUGAUUGGUUGCUGACUGGUUGCUCCUGUGAUUGUAGCUGAGCCCUGAGGUUUCUAAGCUUCCCUGUUAGGAGCCCUAGGUGCACAUAUACUGAAUUAUCUCAGAAAUAAUAAGAACCUUUGGGAUAAUGUAACUGUACUAAAGCAAAGAGAUAGAACAUGAAUGGCUAAUGGUUUAAUUUGCAGUAAUUAGAGUUUCUAUUAGCAGGCGUACUAGCUUGUAUUAACUCAUAGUGACACCGACAUUAAAAAUAAAAAUUGACUGCAGGAAGAA